ACAGUCGAGUACGGACGUGUGUACGCUGCUCGCAACGAAUAUUUUAUUCGCGAAUUGCGCGGCUAUAGCCGCUGCCCGUGUACGUAGCAAUGAGUUCUAAACCUCUCAUAGCAAACGAGUUAUUGGCAUUCUUGAAGCAUGCCAUUGAUUAUAUGGACGAGAUCAGCAUCUUGCAGAUCUGCAAGUCUGCCUUCAAGGAAGCAGAGAUAUGCAGUGCUAAGUUGCUGUUGUUCCAGACGCUCGGCAAAAUCGACCAGAUGCCGUCUCGCCGGAGAGAUGGUACCGAGAAGAGUAUCCAGGACAUAAUCACCCUGAUGAAAGAGACUGACCCGGAUGACGUGCCCGAUUUCGUGGUGAAGGACCUGCACAAACUGCCGCCCAUCACGUUUGACCACGUCGACGUAACCAGGCUUCUUAAGGACAUUACAUCCCUCAAAGUUAGCCUGGCCGAGCUGCAGUCAAAAUUGGAGGUAUCAAAUAACACCAUAUGUGACUUACGUGCCGAGGUAGUGCUGUUACGCAGCGCUGUUUCGGUAACUGGGUCACCUGACGCCUCCAAUAUGAACACACGACAUGGAGCGGAAAACGCUGCGAUCAGCAGUUCGUUGGUGGCGAGUGCGUCACCCAUUAAAACUGCAAGCGUAGCAUCACGCGCCACCGCCGCCUGCGCUUCGACACCGGUGCAAGUACAGGCUUGUGUAGGUACGUUGACCCCUAAACGUGCCUAUGCAGAUAUCGUUGCCGAUAACCAAACUGAAUCGUCGCAGAAAAAGCAAGCGGCCAAUAUAAAACGGGGUCAAGCAAACCAGCCUAGUCUGAAAAAGGACAAGCAUGACAAUGAGGGCUUCAUUAAGGUAGAAAGGAAGAAGAAGCCUCUUUGCCGCAACCAGUGCGGUACCGCGCUGGCAGGACCCAACAUGCUGCUGCGUCCAGCGACACCCACGACGCUGCUGUACGUGUCCCGACUGCAUCACUCCACGAAGGCAGAGGAUGUCGUGGAGUAUUUGCGAGUGAAGACGAACUGGAUCUUGAGAGUAGAGAAGUUGGAGUCGCGCCACAAUAUUAACUUCAAGUCGUUCGUGGUGCGGGUUCCAACACAUGAUCUUGAAACCUUUCUCAAGGAACAGUUUUGGCCGAAGGGUAUCGUGUAUCGGCGUUUCCGUGGCCGGCUACGUGAUACCAGUCAGCGAAACACGACGCCGUCUCUUCGUGUGCAAUAAUUAUAAUUAUGAGUUUUGUUAUUGUAUAUCUAUUAGUUUAUUG